AGCAGAUUCACUGACCUCGUGCCAUUACCUCGCGUCUGGCAGCGGCACGGAGAGAAGACUGCAUGUCCUCUUCUUAUGUGGAUUGAUUUUGUAAGGAAGAUUUUCUUGUGGCUGGGACAGUUUGUUGUCGUGAGAUACAUCAGACAAUAUAAUCAUGGGGCAAGCUGACGUAUCCAGACCGGUAAAUCCAGAUGCAGUUGAAGAAGCAGGCCAGCUCCCUGCAGACUCAGCUAUGGGCAUGGACAGUGUGGAAGCGGGAGACAUAACCCCUCCCACCAAAAGGAAGAGCAAGUUCUCAGGCUUUGGCAAGAUCUUCAAACCCUGGAAGUGGCGGAAAAAAAAAAGUAGUGAUAAGUUUAAAGAGACAUCAGAAGUUUUAGAGCGAAAGAUUUCUAUGCGAAAACCAAGAGAAGAGCUGAUUAAAAGAGGGGUUCUAUUGGAAGACUCCGAGCAAGGUCUUGCAGGUGGGGAGGAUCCAGGGAAGGUGAGCCAGGCCGUGAUAAAGAAUGGCCAUCCCACCCCCAUUGGAGGCACCAGAUCUGCUAGUCCAGUCCACACGGAGGAAGAGCCAGGAAGAAUAGCAAGUGUUAGGAAGCCUGCACCAGAAGAGGACCCCAAAAAGCGUCUAGGCUCAACUGGAAGCCAGCCGCAUUCUGAAACAGACUCUAUUCCUGAGAACACACCCAAGCAACCGUUACUUCCCCCCAAACGGCCCUUGUCAUCUUCGCACGAAUCCAAUGAAAGGCAAACAAAGGAUGCCACUUCCUCCAGCGGCAGGACCAGGUCCAGCUCCUCCACCUCUGCCUCCACCACCCCAGUGCCUGCUGCCACCACUGCUGCCAUGAACCCAGCAAAGACUGUUAAUUCCUCUGUCGCCCCCCUCCCAGCACCCAGGACUCUGCCUGCUGUUCCUGCCAGCACAAACACUACUGCUACCCUAAGCCUGGGCCAUACGGUCCCUGCCAAGCAGCCCCCUGUUCCUCCUCCUAAACCAGCUCACAGAAAUAGCAACCCUGUCAUUGCUGAACUGUCCCAAGCAAUAAAUAGUGGUACGUUAUCAAAACCAUCUCCACCCUUACCACCUAAGAGAGGCAUCCCGUCAGCCUUGGUACCCACCUCCGAGUCUGCUUCUGCCACCACCAAAGCACCAAGUGAUCCAAGAGAGAAGACUGUGGGCUCUGUGGCAGCGCCCAUGGUCCCACCUUCUCCAUCCCCGCCGCUGCCUACUCAUGUGCCUCCAGAGCCCCCGCGCUCCCUUCCAGUCCCCUCGACAGCUUGUCAAGUUGUGCCAGAAAUUGAGCUUCCACCUCCCUUAGAUCUACCCCACGAGGUUCCCCAGCAAGAAGAGGAGAAAAAGGAAGUAUCCAAGAGAAUUUUGGAGCAUAGCUCUGGGGAACCCCAUGUACCCUUGAGGGUGCCCCUACUCCCACUGCAUAUUCGAAUCCAGCAGGCCCUGACCAGCCCACUGCCCAUGACGCCUCCCUUGGAGGGCUCUCACAGAGCUCAUUCAUUGCUCUUCGAGAACAGCGACAGCUUCUCUGAGGACAACAGUACCUUGGGUCGGACCAGGUCACUUCCCAUCACUAUUGAAAUGCUGAAAGUUCCAGACGAUGAAGAAGAGGAGGAGCAGCCAGCCCACCCCUCUGAGCUGAAUGAAGACCUGACACCUACCUCAGUCGUUCCUGAGCUACCACAGUGUCUGCAGGAGCACGAGGGAGAGAAGGAGAGUGACUCUGAUUCAGAAGGUCCCGUUCAGUACCGAGAUGAAGAGGAUGAAGAUGAAAGCCAACACAGUGCUCUGGCCAACAAAGUGAAGAGGAAAGACACACUGGCAAUGAAGUUGAACCAGCGACCCAGUGAACCAGAAAUGAACCUGAAUUCAUGGCCCCGGAAAAGCAAAGAGGAAUGGAAUGAAAUACGGCACCAAAUUGGGAACACACUGAUCCGUCGACUAAGCCAAAGACCAACAGCCGAAGAACUGGAACAGAGAAAUAUACUGCAACCUAAAAAUGAAGCUGAUCGUCAGGCUGAAAAGCGAGAGAUAAAGCGUCGCCUCACUAGAAAGCUCAGUCAAAGGCCAACUGUGGCCGAACUGCUGGCCAGGAAGAUUCUGAGGUUUAAUGAAUAUGUCGAGGUAACAGAUGCUCAAGAUUAUGACCGGCGCGCCGACAAACCUUGGACCAAACUGACCCCUGCUGACAAGGCUGCCAUAAGAAAAGAACUAAAUGAAUUUAAAAGCUCUGAGAUGGAGGUUCAUGAAGAGAGCAAACAUUUUACACGCUACCAUCGCCCAUGAUGCUGAAAUUUGGGAGAACUAAAUGACAACCCUGAAACUGGCAGCUUUGCUGCUUCGUCCUCCAGCAUGACAUUGAGGGACAUCAGUGCUCCCCAGCCUCCCAGGCCACACCGGGUCCAAGGGGUCCGGUUCAGGGCUAAAUAGCACUUCUAUGAAUGUAGCAUUUCACUGGAAUGGAUUUUCCCGUGCUGCCCUUGGGGCGCAACUGAACAUGUCUAUAUUUUUUAAUCUUUUUACAUUGCCCCAUAUUUGAGGGGUUCCCUCACCAGCCACCAAAGUCCCGGAUAAUCUGCAAGUUCCGAGUUUUAUUGGUUGCACCACACCUCGCCUCAAGAUGACCGCCUGUGCCAAGGCACAGUUCACACGGAUGGCCUUACCUCCCCUGCCCUGGCUGUGAGACCACUUGGUAGGCAUUGAGUUCCAGCCAUCAGUUCUAACUGACAGUGGGGCACUAGAGGCCCUGGGUCUUCUGGCAAGAGCCCCCCACCUCCAAGGGGAACUUUCACACACCCCAGGGAACCGGCAUGUCAGUUGAAAAGCAAUGUGCUUCUCCUAUUAUAGGGAGUCCUGGUGGCACAGUGGUUAAGCACUAGGCUGCUAACGGAAAAAUCUGCAAUUCAGACCCACCAGUGCU